AUGGCGCGCCUUAUGCCCUGCGGCGGAAGGGGUGUCCGCGGAAGCACCACCGCCAAAUCCGGCGCGAGACGCGAGGCGCCCGAGAACACUAUAGCGUCGUUUGAGCUCGCGCUCGAGCGCGGCGCCAAUUGCGUGGAGAUGGACGUGCACAUGACGCGGGACGGGCAGCUCGCCGUGGUGCAUGGCACAACGUUCCGCACCAAGCUCGCGCCCUCCCUGCCGCCGCUCCCAUCCCUGCAGUCCAUGCAGCAGGAGGGGCAGCGGGGGCGCCAACAGGGAGGGCAGGAGGAAGGGGAGCGGGGAGAGAGCAAGGAGGAAGCUCCGCGAGUGGAGGAUUUGCCAUGGGAGGUGGUGGAGAAGGCAGAUGCUGGAGGGUGGUUCGACCCCAAGUUUGCGCACACGCCCUUGCCCUCCCUCACCCACGUCGUGCAGCAUUUCUGGCAUGCUGAUGUUAUGCUUGCUCUGGACCUUAAAAUCGACCUGUGCGGGGAGAACAGGCAGAGAGAGCAGGCUCGAAACGGUGCAGGGCCGGAGUGUGUGAGUGAGGAGGAAUGGGCUGAUCGGUUUGCAGAGACCUUGGUCACAUGGGUUGAUGCAAUCCGGCCCUCUAAAUCCUCUAGCGCUUCGGGGGAGGUGGCUCGUCCACGUCUGCGCAUUCUUCUAACCUCGUUUCACUUCCGGCUCAUCGACUCCCUCUUCUUCUCUCUAGACCGGCCAUCAUCCCGUGCACCUGGGCCUCUUCGGCAAGGAAUUGCAGGCCUGGCAUACAUAUAUGGCCCUAAUGACACCUCUAUUGCAUUGCUCUUCGCUGCUUCGCGAAGAGCGGCUCUUUUCGCGCUCCUCCCGCUCGUCACGCUUCUCCUAGUCGCGUCUAUCUGCCCGCAUCUCGCGGCCGCGCAGAAGCCGUACUCGACUCUCGGCGUACCCGUCGUUAUCGUAGCUGGAGGGGUGUACGACCCGCUAACCGACAAAGUCUUCAACCAGGCAUGGCAGGUGAACGCGCUCACGACGCGUCAAGUCGGCGACUCCGCCAACCCCGACGCGAACAACGACGCGGCGCUUUCCGGCUGCGCCGUCGCGGUUGACGGCAGCGCGUAUAUCGCGUCGGGCAGCAAAUACGUCAACGUGCUUCAAUACACGUCAACCGCGCCCGUCGCAGGCACGCCGUAUCCGACGACGCUGAACGCGACCUCCAUCUCCAUCGGCGGCCCGUCGCAGCGCAUGCUCGUCGUCGCGGACGGCACCGCCGAGGCUGGCGGCGCGGUCAGCAUCGACCGGACGACCCUCGCGACGGUUCAGAUCGUUCCCGCGGGGUGGCAGUGCCUCUCCGCCGCAUUCUGCGCGGCCUCCGCGCUCUUCGCGUGCCACCGCUUGUCGGACGACGCGAAUGCGAUCAUCGAGGUGCCGUUCGAUGCGGUGACGGGCGCGUUUCAGCCCGCAAGUGCCGCCAUAAACUCCAUUCCGUACCCCGCGACUGAGGCCGUGUGCUCUCCUCAGGGCACUUUCGUCGCCGUCCUGCGACAAGACGCGAAUAUUCUGUACACGUAUGCGACGCCGCUUACGAGCUCUGCGACGCCGCUCACGACCACCACGCUGACGCCUGGCAUGCCCGGGUCGCUCGCUAUCGACCCGGUGCGCGAGGAGUUCCUCGUAACGAGCGCCGCGGAUUUCCCGGGUCUUCCUGGCGACGCGUACCUGGGAGCGAUGGACUUUGUACCCUAUACAGAGGGCAGCGGCGUGGAUCCGGGAUUCGAUACAAGCGGCGCGUUUGAAUACACUACGUCCGCACCGUCCGGCGGGCAGGUUGCGGUGUAUCCCAGUCCCCCUACCGCGUACAUCGCGCUUCCGGAGGGCCUCUAUGGCGUGCAACUCGUCGGCACGAACCAGCUCGACACGGGAACUGCGAACUUCGCGACGCUCUCUGCGACGGUUGACGGCUGGAGCUACUUCGCCACGACUGUCUGCGCGCAGCGCCAUGUCAAAGCGCCGCCGCCACCGUCGCCGCCGCCUCCGCCGCCGAGCCCGCCGCCGAAGCCGCCGAGCCCGCCGCCAAAGCCGCCGAGCCCGCCGCCCUCCCCGCCUCCUCCGCCAAAACCGCCCAGCCCUCCCCCGAAGCCGCCAAGCCCUCCCCCGAAGCCCCCCAGCCCCCCGAAGCCGCCGAGCCCGCCGCCGAAGCCCCCCAGUCCGCCCCCCUUCCCGCCGCCACCCCCCAAACCGCCCAGCCCUCCCCCCAAGCCCCCGCUCCCUCCCAGUCCUCCCCCCAAGCCGCCCAGCCCCCCGCCGAAGCCGCCGAGCCCUCCCCCGAGCCCCCCGCCAAGCCCUCCACCAGCCGCGGUGGUGACGGUAGCGUCGAUAUCGGUGAUGUCGCUGGAUGCGGACUCGCGCUUCAACGCUGUUACGGGCACCGUCACGCACCCGCCCGCCUCCACCGCUCCUUCCGCGCGGAAGCCGCCGCCAGUGCACAGGACGUGCUCGCUGGGCGCGUUCCACAACUGCCCCGUGACUCUCGACUGCCGCGAUAACCUCGCCGCCAAGGGCUGCUCGUGCCUGCUGGGGAGCAAGAACGCCACGUGCCGAUACCCGCACAAUUGUCUGGACGCCGCGACGUGCCCCGUGCGCGCGGUGUGCAGGGAGAACGUGGCGGGCAUCAAGGUGUGCGCGUGCCCCAAGCGCUACAUGCCGCUCAAGCGCAACGCCAGCCAGCGCGCGUUUGAGUUCUGCGCCAAGUCGCGCUGCGCGGGGACGGACGCCUUCGUCGGCUUCAGCUGCUCUCUGCGCGCCAUUGCGGACAACUCCUACGGUGCCGCUACUGGCAUUAUUGGAUAG